AACCACACUGUAUCACGUGGUUUUAUUCCACGUCUGCGAAGGGAAGCCAGAUCACAGCGGAGCGUCUGAAAUCUCUGCUGUUAUCAAACCCUUCAUUAAAAAUGUGAAUAUCCACUCGGUGGCAUGCAGGCGGGUGAUUUGACCCUGGAAUGGAUUUAGAGGAGGCUUACCAGGUGGUUGGAGAAUUCGGUAGACACCAGAAGCGGAUGAUCACCAUCCUGGUUCUCCUGCAGAUUUACAUGGCAUGUCAGUCCAUGCUCAUAAUUUUAGUGGGUGCUGUGCCAGAAUAUCUCACAGAACCUGUUACUGGACGUCCGCAUGAUGAUAUAACACAAAGUGUAAAAUUCACAGAGGAUGUCAACUCAAUCGUGACUGAGUGGUACCUGAUUAAACAUCAAGCCUACAAAGUGAACUUGGCUGGGUCCCUGUUCUUUGCGGGUGUGCUGAUCGGAAAUGUCUUGUUUGGACCACUCUCUGAUAAGAUUGGCAGGAAGCCGGUUUUCCUCACUGGUCUCUUUUUUGAGGUCUUGUUUGGGUAUGGAACAGCGUUAGCACCCAGUUAUGAGAUAUUUGCUGUGUCUCGGCUGCUGGUGGGGAUGAUGAAUGGAGGAAUGGCGUUGGUCUGCUUUGUUCUCACUCAGGAAUAUGUGGGAAAGUCCUACUGGGCUAUGACAGGGACUUUGACCAAUAUGACCUUUGCAGUGGGCAUCACCCUGUUUGCCGCAUUGGGUUAUUAUGUUCGGCCAUGGCGGAACCUAGCGACUGCAGCCAACUGUCCUGGACUUUUGCUCUUCCUGCUCUGUGUGACUUUGCCAGAAUCUCCACGCUGGCUUUAUUCUCGAGGUCACACGGAGAAGGCUGAGGACAUCCUGCAGGAUUUUGCUGUGAGGAACGGGAAAGGCAGAAUUCCAGUGAAGCUCCGGCGGACCGUCAGCACCAGCGCUCCAGAUGCAGCCAGUCCUGGGGUUUUCCAGCUGGUCACACAUCCCAUACUGCGCUGGAGGACUGUGGUGCUCAUGUAUGUGUGGUAUGCUUGUAGCCUUGUGUAUUAUGGGUUGACCCUCAGUGCAGGUGAAGAUAAAGGUAAUCGUUACCUUAGCGUUGCCAUGUAUGGCCUGGUGGAACUCCCUGCGUAUCCGCUCUGCAUGUACUUCAUUAACAAACAGUGGGCAGGCCGGAGGAAGUCAAUGUCCAAUUUUCUUGCAUUUGCAGGCAUAUCCUGUCUGCUCACAAUGUUUGUACCUGAAUCAGGGUCAUUAUUAAGUGCCACGUCACUGGCUCUAGUGGGAAAACUGAUGGUCAGUGCUGCAUUUAAUAUUGUGUAUGUGUAUACGUCAGAGCUCUACCCAACUGUGAUCAGGAAUGCAGGGUUAGGUGUGUGUUCCAUGUCCUGUAGAGUUGGGGGAAUUCUGGCGCCGUUCGUUCCAAGUAUGAAAUCAUUGCACACCUCCAUGCCAUUUAUGGUGUUCUGUUUGAGUGGGAUUUCUGCGGCCUGCCUGGGGCUCCUUCUGCCUGAGACACUUAAUAAACCUGCUGCUGAAACACUUGAUGAACUGUCCAGCCCCACCUACCAGCGAAUCUUAAAGCCGCAGGUUCACCUUUUGGAGGAAAAGCAUUUAAUUGACCACAACGGGACUGAUAGUGACUGAGACAAAGACCUUGAGAACAAUUAUUACACUUGUUUACAUACAUUCCUUGACCAUAUUCAGAAUGGUGUGCCAUAUACUAACUCGCCGAAAGACUAAAGGUGCCUUCCAGAAGAAAUCUGUCUGCUCAAAGGAUCAAUUCAACAUAUUUAACUGUCAGGACUAUCUUUAAAUAAUGGAAAAGGGACCACAUUCUCAUUUGUAAGCUCUUUUCUGAUAAUGUCUGACAAUUAUGACAACUAUUUUCAUGUGUUUACUGCCAUUUAUGAACAAAUGUCUUGUUCUGUUGUUUUUUUGUGAGCUGUGACAUUGCAUUCAUGAGCGUGUAUAUAUUAGCGUUCAAUUAAUAAUCAAUAAUGCCUGCACAUUUCAGUGAUGCUGAAUCUUUCUUUUAGGUUGUUUUAAAGAAAUAGUUCACUCAAAAAUUAAAAUUUUCAUUUACUAUUUCAAAUCUUUAGUGACAAUUUUCCUGUCAUGCUCAUAUGCUGGUAUUUCUUCUGAGCAACAUAUGUAAACAUUUUUACUUUUAUUUUUUAGACUUUUAUGUUCAAUCAUUUGGGCAUUUGUUUUUGACUGGUGUUUCACUGGGAAAAAAAAUAAAUAAUAAUUUUGAAUUUAAUUUUGGGGUGAACUAUUGGUUUAAGAGACCUUUUUUUUUUUUUUUUUUACCAUUAUUGACCAUUAUUUUUCUCCAAAGGAAGAAGUGAAGUGUUAAACACAUACAUAUUUGUGUAUAUUUAUGUACGUUGCUAAACAUGCAUUUGUUUUUAUUUUAAGAGUUUUAAAUGAUUUUUUAAUAAAUGCCUCAUGUGUAUAUAUAUGUGCAUGAAUAUGCAUGUCCGUCUGUCACCAGUAGAUGGCACUGUGUUGAAGGCCACCUCCACUGAACUGAGGUCACCUUUGACCUGUUCCAGUCCUAGUGGUGAUGAUGUCAGCGGUGACGCAGGUGAGCAGUGCUCAGGUAAACCACAGGAUUCAGGAGCUGGGAGUUUCAAAGAAGCCGACACAAAACGUUCAACCACAAACCUGUUUUUUGUUUUUUUUGGUUUUGGUUUUGGUUUUCCGUCUCUCUUUCCUUGCUGUAAUCGCAGCCUGUGGCACUGCAUGUAGCUGACAGAACAGGUUGAGAGAGAGCAGGCUUUAACUAUAAUAACUGUUUUCAUUCUGUAAGUCUUCAUCCAAGGUCUGGCGGGUGUUAUAUCACCCUGCGCAAGGAGAUUAACCGCAGGUACAGAAGGUGUGGUCUUUUGAGUGCAUCAUUUAUAUCCUGUGUUCAACUUGUAAUAAUAAAAAAAACAGAU